CUGGGACAGGACCGGGACAGUCAGGUGGGGUGUGGACUGGGACAGGACCGGGACAGUCAGGUGGGGUGUGGACUGAGGCCUCGAGUCAUCCGGCAGCAACCUGAUCGGCAGCUCAACCAGGAGAACUUCGGGCAGGGACAGCUACGAGUCAUUUGGGCCUGGUAGAUUUAAGUGAAUCCCUGCUCCUGUCUGUAACCAUGGCGAUUCUGUUUGCGGUGGUUGCCCGUGGAAGUACCAUCUUGGCCAAGCAUGCAUGGUGUGGCGGUAACUUCCUAGAGGUGACAGAACAGAUCCUUGCCAAAAUACCAUCAGAAAACAACAAGCUCACCUAUAGCCAUGGCAGCUACCUCUUUCACUAUAUCUGCCAUGACAGGAUCAUUUACCUCUGCAUCACCGAUGACGACUUUGAGCGGUCGCGUGCCUUCAGCUUCCUGGGGGAGGUUAAGAAGCGUUUCCAGACAACGUAUGGUUCCCGGGCCCAGACCGCCCUGCCCUAUGCUAUGAACUCAGAGUUCUCAUCCACUCUAAUGGUUCAAAUGAAGCACCACUCUUCUCCUCCAACAGAUCGUCUGACUGAGGCCCAGUUGCAGGUGGAUGACCUGAAAGGCAUUAUGGUCCGCAACAUUGACCUGGUAGCCCAGAGGGGGGAGAAGUUGGAGUUGCUGAUAGAUAAAACAGAGAACCUGGUAGACUCUUCCGUGAGUUUCAAGACAACCAGUCGCAACCUGGCCAGAGCCAUGUGCAUGAAGAACCUCAAACUGACUGUCAUCGUCGUGACCGUGUCAUUGGUGGUCCUUUAUAUCAUCGUUUCUGCUGCCUGUGGAGGACUCACCUGGCCCAACUGUGUCAAGAAAUGAGGGCCAGAGGGGGAGAAAGAUGGAGCAGAGGGGGAGAAAGAUGGAGCAGAGGGGGAGAAACAAAGAUUUCAGUGGACCCACAGGAAACUAUAACCACUGUUCUGUGAUCACAGAACCCUCCCCUCCUGCCACCUGUCUCCUUUCUUUCAGUCCAUCCAUCAUCCUCUUCAGACAGACGGCAUCACAACCAGAUUUUAACAUUUUCAUUAUUAGCUUUUUUAUUCCUGAAAAAAGACAACUGAGGAGUGUUCUGUAUCCUCUGUGAGAAGACAUGGGGCCUGAAGAGAUGUGAGCUCAGCAGGAGAGUAUAUUAUACUGACCUGGGAUGUUUCCAUCAGACCACCCCAUCUACAGCCCAACCCGUCUAACCACCCUGCUCUACAGCACAUGGGCCCAGCGCAGGGCAGAGCUGUCUGGGUGUGCAGGCUUUCUAACCAGUCUCCCAGCAGACUUAACUAGUCUACAUCUCCAGUCCAGCCUAGCAGACUAAGCCACUUCAGACUGGAGCUGCUGAAAGAGAGUCUGUCCUUCAUCACAAUCCUCCUGUUCCCAGAACCAUAUAAAGAUCCCUUUAACAGCUGUCCUUUUCCUAGAUAGAAGCAUUAGGAGAUCCCUUUAACAUCACUGUGCCAUGAGGCCUGCAACACCUCUCUUGUGAACGGAGUGACACAAAUGCAGAAAAUAUUAGCCACAAACAAGUGAGGGAUGAAGGGAUGAGAAGUAUCUGUGUGUUUACAUCAGGUGUGUUGGGGCCUUUACACUCUCUGACCCUCUGUCUGACCCCCCCCCCCCCCCCCCCCACUGAACUGCACCGUCUCGUUACCAUGGAGAUCAGGCCAUGUCUAGGUGUGUCACUCUGUGAUGGUGUGUUCUGUUUUUGUUGUCAAGGCAACAGUUACAAUAUUUCUCUGUUAAAUUGUAUGAUAUUAUAAAAAGUGAUUGACUGCACAAAAUAGCCUGCUGUUACUAAUCAAUAGAGAAUAUUUCAUUGUACAUUAUAUAAUAGUUUGUUUUAACCAGACCCCUAACCUUCCAUUCUUUUUGCUUCUCCAAUGUACAUUAUUAUGUGAUGCACUUUGACAUGCUUUUUUUGCAUAUGGUUUAUAAUCAUGUAAUUAUUUAAUUAUUGUACAUCCAGAUUUGAAAUAAAAAUAUAAGAUAUA